ACCCGCCUGCUCCGCAACAAGCAAAACGGUUCGCGCUUGCCUAGAGGGCGGCUGAGACAACAAGCACGUUGCUGCAGAGGGUUUGCGUUGGAGCUUCGUUAGUUGUUGAGCCCGUGGUGCAUACAAUCCCCCCGCGAGACAGCAAAAGCUUUUUCUCUCUCCGAGCGCGCGACCGGCAGCGCAGCAAGCAGAGCACCAGCACAUAUGGCGGAAGCUUGGUACUACGUGGACGAUGCCACCAACGCCCAGCAAGGGCCGUGCACGGUCCCGGAGCUGGAGAGACUCUAUGCGUCCUCCUCCGUGACCGACUCCACGCUCUUCUGGAAGGACGGGCAGGCGGAUUGGUCGGCUCUAUCGGCCUUGCCGUCUCUGCACGCCCAGGUCACGGCUCCGCCACAGCGUGGUCCGCCGGCCUUGCCAGCGAAGACGCUCCCGCCGGUGCCCGCAAAGCCUAGGGCGGGAGGAGGGGGGGGGGGGGCAUACGCAGCGGCGCAGGCUAGG